ACAGGCUGGAAGGCAGGUGAGGGGAUGACGUUGUUCCUGCUCGGUGCAAUCCUGACCCUUCUCUGGGCGCCCACGGCACAGGCUGAGGUUCUGCUGCAGCCUGACUUCAAUGCUGAAAAGUUCUCAGGCCUCUGGUAUGUGGUCUCCAUGGCAUCUGACUGCAAGGUCUUCCUGGGCAAGAAAGACCACCUGUCUAUGUCCACCAGGGCCGUCAGGCCCACAGAGGAGGGCGGCCUCCACGUCCACAUGGAGUUCCCGGGGGCGGACGGCUGUAACCAGGUGGAUGCCGAGUACCUGAAGGUGGGCUCCAAGGGACACUUCAGAGUCCCAGCCUUGGGCUACCUGGACGUGCGCAUCGUGGACACAGACUACAGCUCCUUCGCAGUGCUUUACAUCUACAAGGAGCUGGAGGGGGCCCUCAGCACCAUGGUCCAGCUCUACAGCCGGACCCAGGACGUGAGUCCCCAGGCUCUGAAGGCCUUCCAGGACUUCUACCCUACCCUGGGGCUCUCCGAUGACAUGAUGGUCAUGCUGCCCAAGUCAGACACCUGCAGCCCUGAGAGCAAGGAGGCACCCUGACACCUCUGGAGCCCGGCCCUUCCCAGGUGGAGCCACGGCAGCAGGCGCCUUCGCCCCUGGAGUCGAGACCCACAGCCCUCGGGGACCACCCAGAGCCUCUCCAUCCUCUGACCCCCGCCUGUGGGACGCCUCGUGGGACGCCUCUUUCUAUUCAAUAAACAGAUGCUGCAGCC